AUGUAAAUUAAUUGCUAAUAAAAUGAUUAAUAAAUUCUACUCUUUACAGUUUUUAGAAAACAUUUUUUUCGCGACUAAUCUUAUUAUUUAAAAUUAUCAAAAAAAUAAAUACUGAUGAGUCAAGUAAGUUAUAAUUAUAUUGAAACAUUAGGAGUGCUAAUUUGUAAAAACCAAGUAUAUUUUAGAUUUGAACCCAUAGACAUAAUUUGAAUGGAUAGUAAGAGAUCAACAAUUAAUUGGAUUCCUAUUUCCUUAUUAGAAUAAAAUGAAAGAAUUUUUUGGAGACUCAAAUAAUCUCAUAGAGUUAAAAUAAAGACUUGGGAAAUAAAUUCUUUUUAAAUCUCUUACAGUACACUAUAAAUUAAUUAAAUAUUUAGAUUCAGGAACAUUUGGCUAAGUAUUUUAUUGUUCUAUUUAUAGAUUUCUUUAUAAUCAAAUUAUAUAAGUAAAUAACUAGUUGCUAUUAAAACAUUAAUUAACUCGAAUAAAUCAGCAUAAUAAUAAAUUGAAAAUGAAAUAAAGAUUCUUCGAACACUAAAUCAUCCAAAUAUAUUAUCCAUUUAAGAAGUAUUUCUAACAAAUCUCACAUAUUCUAUUAUAACUGAAUUUGUUGAAGGAAAGAAUCUUAAGAAAUUAAUUUAAGAGAAAUCAGAAUUUUAAGAAUUAACUAUUCUUUAAUUAUUAAAAGUAAUAUUCUGAAAUUAUUCUAUUAGUAAUUAUUUGAAGGACUCUCUUAUAUUCACAAAAUGGGAAUUAUACAUCGAGACAUCAAACCUGCAAACAUAAUGUUAAGUAAAAAUGGAAUACUUAAAAUUGUUGACUUUGGAUUAUCAUGUUAUAUGGGUAAUUAACUUUAAGAAACUCCUAAAUGUGGAACACCAGGAUUUUGUGCUCCUGAAAUCUUACAAAAUAUUGAUAAUCAAGUAAUUUAUGAUUAUAAAGUUGAUGUAUUCAGUGCUGGAUGUGUUUUAUAUAAAAUAUUAACUUCUAAAGGCUUAUUUGAUGCUGAUACAUCAGUAGAAGUUUUAAAGAAAAAUAAAAACUGUUUAUUUAUAAUUAAAGAAUAAGGAAGACUUUUUGAUUUAGUCAAAACUAUGCUUAAAUAAAAUCCUCUCGAAAGAUUAAGCAGUGAGUAGACUUUAUUAUUAAUUAAUUUAAUGAUUGAGGAUGAUACUUUGGAUGUAAAUACAUGGUAUAGACACUAAUUCAACUCCAACUAAUCAACAUCAUCUAAUAUAUGUCUGACACCUAAAUAAAGUGCAUAUUGCAAAUCUCUUUAAAAAACUUAAUCAACACCGAAUUAUUCAAGGAGUUUCUUCUCUAUCAGUUCAAAAACUUAUAGAUGA